GGCUCACGCUCCUUUCCACGCUCUUCUUCCUCCCCCAUGUGCCACUCCCUCUCACUCUCUCCCCGAUGGGUAUAAAAGUCAGAGGCGCUGGUUGGGGAGGGAUAUUCAUCGCAGCACCACAGGAAGGCAACACAUCUUUAACAAGGAAAAAGGAUUUCCCUGCUUGUUCACCUGUAGUAAACCAAGCUUCCUCGGGUGACAGAGGGACAAUAUUCCCGCUUCCUUCCUUUACCAAUUGGAGUAAACAAGUUCGUAUUUGACCCAGCAGUCUGUAAGGAUGGACAGAGGCAUGUCUCUGUGGUGUGAGGAGGUGGAGAACGACAAGAGUCAGGACCACAGCCAGACUGAAGCCCAGGGCGGAUACAUGGUGGGCUCCUCUCAGCUGCGAGCCGGCUGGGACCCCACUGUGUCCGGGCAUCGUGUGAUCCAGAGGUUGCUUCAGGUGGAGGAGAGGUACAUGCCCUCCAUACUUUACAUCACCCUCAUCCAGCGGGAGCCAGAGCGUAGGGAGGAGCUCGUCAAAUGGGCCCUGGAGGUGUGCUGUGAGGUUGGCUGUGAUGAGGCGGUGUUCCCUCUGUCUGUCUCUCUGAUGGACAGGUUCCUGUCAGCCUCUUUGUCUCUGCCUGUCUCGCCAUACUGCCUGGCUGCAGGCUGCAUCCUCAUCGCCUCCAAACUCUCAGAGUGUGAAAACGUCACUGCUGAUACUCUCUGUGCCGCAGCUGAGUACAGCUUCGUGCCUUCAAACUUGCGGGAGAUGGAGCGUCUCAUCCUCGCCACCCUCCGAUGGGACACAGCAGCAGUGACUCCGCAGGACUUCUUCCCACAUUUCCUUGCCUCUGUGGAGGAGCGAAGAGAUGGAGACAGCGGUGACUCUGAGAAGGGGCUGCUGCUCUCCACCCUGCGGCGGCACAGUGACACGCUGGCCGCCAUGUGUGCGUGUGACUCCCGCUUCCUGGGAGCACCACCGUCCCUUGUUGCUGCAGCGACACUGAAUUGUGCUCUGCGGGGCUUAGGCAACAAGAGCCCGGCUCAGCUGGCUGUCAUAUAUGCGGCACUAGCGGAGCUCUGCCAAGCUGACCUGGCAUUGCUACAGUGCUACAGUGACAUGAUCGAAUAUGGUCUCCGACAGCGACUGAGGAGCGGGCUGCAGCAGGGCCCCAUGGAGAAGGAAGAAGAGGUGGAGAACGAAAGACCCGGGACCCCUACUGACCUGAGAGAGAUUGAUUUUUAGACACUGGAUCGACUUUUACAUUGAAAGUGUGAAUCGGUCAAAAACCUAUCAAAGUGUAUCAGUCAAACUGAUAUAUAUUGAACAUGACCUCGAAAUGCUCUGACCUGUUUUGAUAUUGUAAAAUUAUUUUUUGAGUGACUAUUAAUUUAUAAUUUAUUGUUUAACUUUAUUUAUUUGUGAACACUUUUGCAAUUUUGUCUUUCGCAUGUGCCAUAUUUUAUUAUCUAUUUCUAUUUGUAGGCAUAGAUGUUA